AUGUCGACAAUUGCCGGUAUCACUCUGGACGUCCCUUCAUCCAGACGCUCGUCUUCCAUCGAACAAGGCAAUCCAGCUUGCAUCAAGCCAAUUGACGGCUCGGCGAAGAGGAACGUCGAAGCAACAGCUGACGGACACGGCUCGACUGGAGAGCUAGUACAGCGGGCUGGAGACGAGGUCGACUGA